AAGAUAGAGACGAAUUUGAUGGCCAAACGAUGAAUUCAAUGGUUGUACUGAUAUAAAGAAGCUAAAACACGCAAUGAUUUAACGGAAGGAAGUUCAACAACAAACCCAACAAUAGCGAGAAUUGUCGGUCGUCAUUGAUGACUUCUAAGGAAGAGUACAAUGUAUGUAAGAUAUGCAAUCUCUUCUGAAAUCGACGUUUAUUGAAAGGUUGCAGCACUAUUUCUUAACAAAGAAAGCGACGGCUUUCAUGGGCAAUCAUUGAAUUGCAUGAUUGAAUUGCAUGGUUGUGGGCUCAACCACGUCGCUAGAUUUACGUCUAUUAAUAAAGCUCAUGGUAAUGUGUUUUGUAUCAACUCCACUCUAUUGCUACAUUGUCUGUGCAGCUCGUUUUGGAGCUCUGCAUCAAAACUCUGGUGAUCCAUUUCAUGCUAUGGCCUUAUCUCCAGUCUCGAUGUCUGGGUUAUACCAGAGUAAGUAUAUCAUGAAAAACUCAAACGACUCUGUUCUGACAGACAGCACAAGAUUUCGAGAUAUAGCCUUCUAUUGCUGGACCCGGAUCAGGAAUAAACCAUGUACUAAGUGUCGUCUUCUUCGAUUUGCAAUAUGUGAUAAAAUAAAAUUUGAAUGCAAACACAGUUAUUUCGACCCUGGCACAAGUCGAAAUGACAAAAAAUCUCAAUCCAAAAGAAAAAUGCUUGUUUUUGGUGCACAAAAAACAAAAGUAUGUUCGCAGACAGACCAUUUCGCAGAUCAAGCAAACAUUUGUAUUGGUAGAUGGAUCAGACAAAGUACAAUCCGACUGGUCUUGAAGGCUACAAAUAAUAUAAAAGCAUGGCUAAGAGAUGGUAGCUUUAAAUACAGCAACCAAUCAACAAUGGCAACAUUUUUUCUAUUGUGGGUCCUUUGGCUUAGUCCGCCUUCCUAUGCUGAUGAUGAUGGGCCCGAGAUCUAUGGCUGUUUAUUGAAAGAGUGUAGAGAAGAAUUGGUACACUGCAUGGCUAACCCAGCAUGUGCAGCAAAUGUUGCUUGCAUCGAAAUCUGUAAUAAUCGUCCUGAUGAGACAGCAUGUCAGAUCAAAUGUGGAGAUCUGUUUCAAAAUGAUGCUGUUGACCACUUUAAUCAAUGUGCAUUGUCACGAAAGAAAUGUGUCCCUAAGAAAAAGGGUGAAGGGGCAUCCCCUGUUCCGGAUCCUUCUGCUCUUGUUAAAGAGUUCAAUGUAGCUGAUUUCAGAGGAAAGUGGUACAUAAGUGGAGGCUUGAAUCCAUUGUUCGAUACUUAUGAUUGCCAAGCACAUGAAUUUUAUCCCACAUCAAGGAAUCUUACAGGAAAGUUGUCAUGGAGAAUAUCAACCCCCGAUGGCGGUUUCUUCACUCGUCAUGCUAUUCAGAGAUUUGUGCAAGAUUCCUCUCAACUUGGGAUUCUCUAUAAUCAUGAUAACCAAUAUCUUCAUUAUCAGGAUGACUGGUAUAUACUUUCAUCUAGUAUAGAAAAUAAACCAAAUGAUUAUAUAUUCAUUUAUUAUCAAGGAAAAAAUGAUGCUUGGGAAGGCUAUUCAGGUGCUAUUGUUUAUACGCGAACUCCAGCUUUUCCUUCAAGCAUCAUCCCUGAAUUAGAAAAGGCUUCUCAAAGGAUAGGACUGGACUUCAAAAAGUUCAAGAGAACAGAUAACACAUGUGGCCCUGAAGUUCCUUUAUUAGCUAGAUUAGAGAAAAAGAUUAAGGAGAGGCAACAAGCAAUUGCAAAGGAAGUAGAAGAAUUAGAAAAAGAGGUUAAAAUCAUUGGAAAGUCAUAAAUGAUUAUAUUUCAGAGAUUUGGAAAGUGAAUAGAGAAACUAGAGAGGAUGCAUAAAAUUUCCAAAAAUAAUUGAAAAACAAAUGAGGUGUCCUACCAUGACCUACCUAUUUCAUUUAGUCAUGUUGCCCAUAUGAUGAAUGACUUGUUUAUGUAGAUCUAUUUGAUGAAUGACCUUAUUAAUCAAUUGUAUGGGCAUUAGUACAAGUGUUAUUCGAUAUAAAUAAUACAUAUUAGUGCAUUGAGAGA